AUGUUUCCAGCUUUAAUUUGGUUAAAUUAAUACAAACAUGUAAUGUUUUAUUUUUUUAAAUUAAACUAACAGCAGAUGUAUCGAGUUUCAGGGAAUGUAAAACUACUUAUCUAAAUUCUCAAUGUACUAAGAGAAAACAAUGUCGAAAAUCAAAAAUUUUUUUCUUCCAAGAACUAACUUAAGCAAUCACAUCAGAAAGAGAUUUUACCUUACACUUCCAUCACCACAAGAAUCAUUUCCUGUGGAAGCAAAACCAGAAGUAUGGACACGCCACUACCUUGUCCCCUGUUGCGAGAUGACCAGGGUGACAGACAAAUCAAAGAAGAUACCCGAAAACAUCCAACCUCCCUCUGUGGCAAUCAUCGGUGCCGGAAUGGCAGGACUUUCUGCAGCCGUGAGACUCCUGAAGGCAGGGAUAAACAACAUAACAAUCCUCGAGGCGAAUAACAAACCUGGAGGAAGAAUAAAGUGUGUUCAGUUUGGAAAAUCUCUUCUGGAAUUUGGGGCUGAUACAAUCGAAGGAGCUUGUAUGGCAAAUCCUGUUUACAAUUUGGCAGCGCUUGAGAAUCUUUUCAUUCGAUGCACAGGUUGUAGGAAACAAUAUUAUCUAACUACAUCAGGAGAGACCUAUCUGGAAAAUUUUAAUGCUAAAAUGCUCAUGCGUAAUUUACUGACUGAAGCAUCAGGGUACUUUGCUAAACCAAAUGAAUGCUUAGACAUCAGCCUUGAUGAAUUUCUUUACCAAAGGAUUGAAGAAAGCAUAAAACAAUUUAAAGCAAAGGACAGGCAACCUAUAGAAGUUGCCCUUUUAGGACUCGCUAAUAGCAUGCGGGGAAGGAUUGGUGAAGAUCUACAAUCAAUUUCUUUGAAAAACUUCGGUAGCUACAUAGAUAUUCCUGGGGGGAAUAUAAGAAUACCAAGGGGCAUGAUAAGCCUGAUAGCUGCAUUGACGAGGGAAAUUCCAGCGAGCAAAAUGUUUUUUAAUAGGGCUGUUCAAAAUAUUCGAUUUACACCUUUUUCUGUUGAUACUCCUAGAGCAUUAAUUAAGUGUUGCGAUGGAGAGGAGUUUUUAGCUGACUAUGUAAUUUGUACUGUCUCAUUGGGUGUUCUUAAAUCGUCUGCUGAUUUGUUGUUUUUGCCUUCUUUGCCUCCUGAAAAAUUAGAUGCAAUUAAAACACUAGGUUUUGGUCAAAUAACCAAACUAUUUUUAGAGUAUGACAAACCAUUUUGGGCAAAGGGUGAAAGAUCAAAUUUCCUUUUGGCUUUGAACAAAUCGGAUAAAGUAAACAAAGAUGAAUGGAUGAAAGGAAUUACGAGCAUUGAAGUUUUACCAGGAAGGCAAAAUAUUUUAAAAGUCACUGUAGCCGGUAAAGAGGCAAAUUGGGUCGAACAAUUGAAACGAGGGAUGAUCGGGGAAGAAUUGACAAAUUUCCUCAGGAGAGUCUCUGGUGAUAUGUCACUUCCUUGUCCAAAGGAGCUUCUCAUCUCAAAAUGGUCAACUGAUCUUAAUUUCCUCGGGGCGAGGAGCUACUUGGGACUCGGCUCCAAUGUUAAACACCAGUGCGCAUUGGCAUCACCUGUCCCAGGAAAGUGUGAAGAAGGGCCGCCAAUUUUGUUGUUUGCUGGAGAAGCGACCAGCCCUGGCCACUAUGGUACAAUGCACGGGGCGAGGAUAAGUGGAAUCAGGGAAGCAGAUAGGAUCAUAGAUUUAACCCUUGAACUUCAAGGCCCACCCAAGCGACUCAACGUAAAACCACAAAAACAACAAACAGUACCUUGUUAUUGCCCACCUCGAAUUAAAGUUAAAGAAAGUUGUAUCCCUACACAAAAAGACUAACAACAUUCAAGCACAAGACUAACUUAAAAAUGUGAUUGUACUCAUUUUUUGUUUAUAGUAGACAUUAAAAUGUUGAUGUGCUGUUUUCCUAUUAA